GGCUGAGACAGAGGUGGGCGGGCUAAAUCUUGGGUCCUCAUCUGGUGCGGUCCCGCGUUAAUGACGUCACGUUGUUUCGCGGGAGAAAUUCGAAAGUGGAUUUUGUGGAAUUUGACAGGUGAGGUGAAGUGUUUCUUGGGAUUUCCUAGGAAUAAAAGGUGGUAUAAAUAGUUGAAUAACUACUUCCUAUUUUCUGGACCCGCGGUUUAUAACUUCAGAAGAAAUGGUGGAAAGCCAAGAAUUUAUUGUCCUAUAUACUCAUCAGAAGAUGAAGAAGUCAAAAGUGUGGCAAGAUGGAAUUCUGAAGAUCACUCACUUAGGAAACAAAGCAAUUUUAUAUGAUGACAAAGGAGCAUGUUUGGAGAGUCUGUUUCUUAAAUGCCUUGAGGUGAAACCUGGAGAUGACUUAGAAAGUGAUCGAUACUUAAUCACAGUUGAAGAGGUUAAAGUUGCUGGAGCCACAGGUAUUGUUAAGCAGAAUAUGAAUAAAGAAGCACCAGAGUUAAAUUCAAGGACAUUGAUAUCCUCUGGCCGAUCUCUUGGAUGUCAGCCCUCUGGCUUAAAAAGGAAGUUUACUGGUUUUCAAGGACCACGUCAGGUUCCGAAGAAAACGGUUACUACGGAAAGCAGUGAAUCGGCUGCAUCACAUGAAGCUCAGAAACCUGGCCCUACUUUUUUUUCUCCAUUCUACAGCAUGCCUCCUUUGUUUCCUACUGUUGGCAAGAAGGAUGUAAAUAACAUACCAGCAGACCCUGAGAAUGUUGUGACUUACAAGAACAGAGAGAGAAAUGCCAUGGAUUUUUCUUCGGUUUUUUCUCCAUCCUUCCACAUUAACUCAGAAGUGCUAUGUGAAGAAAAUUAUUUUUGCUCUCCUAUGAAUUCUGGAAGUAAACUUUCAGACUCUUUACUGACCAGUGAGCCUGUGAAAAGAGAUAGUUUGGCAUCCCACUGUUCAGGAAUUUCACAAAACAUCAGAAGCAAAGCACAGAUAUUAGCUCUUCUGAAGUCCCAAUCAACUGGUACAUGUGAGGAACUAAAUUCUGAGAUAACAGAGCAUUUUCCUCAAAAACAACCACAUAGAAGUUUAAAAAUUGCUACUAAAUCAAAGUAUGUAAUUCAACAGGAAGAGUGUGCUGAGAUGAAGAGCACAGACAAUUUAUACUGCCAGCAUCAAUCAGAAAAUACCAUGAGAAGUAAAAGCCGGUGGGCCAUGUAUUUAUCCUCACAAAGUUCACCUAUGGAUUUUUCUACUGAAGAUGGGCAUGAUACAGAAAGGAAACCCAGGGCUCAGGAAGAUGAUAUGAAUUCUAAUUUGAAAGAUCUUUUGUUACAAAAAAAGAUACAGUUCUUUGAAACAUGUGCUGAAGAGGGGAAAAAGUGUAAUGUAGACAAGUCAGUGGGUAAUAAUGAUCAAUCCUGGAAUCAAGAAGUAAAAUUAGAAAUUCCUUCAUCCAGCGAUGGCAGUGGCUUACAGGUUACCUGUAAAAGUGCAGAAAAUGAUGGUACAUUAUCAGAAUCAGACAUUCAAGAAGAUAAUAAAAUACCUUUUAAUCAAAAUGACAAGGUGUGCAUUAAAGGAUCAGUUCUUGUUAAAGAAAAUGAUCAGGAGGUAAAUACAUGUGGAACACUGGAAAAGGAAUGUGAACAACCAGAGUCAUCUCUGCCAGAACCAAAACAUCUCCAAACUGAAUCUAGUAAUAAUGCUAGGAUCUCUGAUGACAUUACAGACAUGUUUUCUAAAAGUAAAAUGGAUAAUGAAAAUCUUAAUAGUAUUCAUGAAUCGCUGAGUAAUGUAACACAACCAUUUUUGGAGGUAACUUUUAAUCUGAACAAUUUUGAAACCAGUGACACUGAAGAGGAGUCACAGGAAAGCAAAAAAAUUUCCCAGGACUCAGAGAGCUGGGUAAAGCACAUUUUGGUUAAUGAUGACAAUUUAUGUGUUCAAAAGAGGUCUGAGAAUACAAACUAUAAAGAGAUUGAGGGUGAACAUUUGCCACUCUUGACAUCUGUUGGUGGCAAACCUACAGAGACAUUUCCUAUUAAAGAGACUCUGCCAUCACACUUUUGUGAUAAAACUUUUGUGGGUUUUGACAUGGGAAUUUGUAAAGCUGGAAACACUGGAAAAGAAAUAGAGGAGUAUAGUGACACAUUGAGCAAUUCUGAAUCUUUUGAGUGGACUGGUGAUGUAUACAUAGGUAACAAAGAAGAUGCUAAUAAAUGUAUUCAAAAAGUCAGAAUUAACUAUGACUCUGCUUUACUCCCAAAUAAAUCUAAAGAUACAAACAUGAAUUCACAUAUUCCUCAUAUUCAAAACCAGACUGCUGAAAACAGUAACCUAUUUUCAGAAGAUGCUCAAUCUCAUCCUUUUAUUUUGGGAAGUGACCUAUUAGACAAAAAUGAUGAACAUGUUUUACCGUCAACUUCUAGUAGUGACAACAGUGUCCAACUAUUAAAUACCAAUCAGAAUCACUCUGAUUGUAUUACACUUGAUAAAUCAAAUACCCACAUUUUCAAUUCUUUGUUUUACCCACUGGGAAAAAAUCAUUUUAUUUCCAAAGACACAGAACCACAUAAAUCUGAACCUGAAGAUUUGGGAAAGAUUAUUAGUCUACCCCCUAACCAUAUUGAAGUUGAAACUUCUGGAGAGGACAACCAAUACUGGAAUCCUAAAAAUUCUUCAGAACUUUCUGGAUUAGUAAAUACCAUUUCCAUUUUAAAGUCACUAUCUGAACACAGUACUGCUUUAGACAGCUUGGAAAUAUUGAGAAAGAAAAAUACUGUCUUCGAACAAGGAACUCAACAGACAUAUGAGCCAGAUAGCAGUCCUGAAGUGAGGAAACCAUUUACUACAGUAGUUUCACGAAAGUCUCCUCAUCUGCACAAGGAUUCUCAACAGAUACUAAAAGAAGAUAAAGUUGAACUAAGUGAACCACUUCAGUCUUUGCAGUUCCCUUCCUUGGGAAGUAAAGAAGAGACUGCUUUUCUAGCUGUUAUUCCUAAACAAACAGAGAGGAAAAUCUGUGAUCUUAAGUUUGCAGAUAAAGAAAACUUUCCAAAAGGAGGUACUAGCUUUAACAUUGAAGACAAUUUUAAAGUGCUAUCUGGGUCUGAGAAGGACUCAAUUGAAAAUGAUUCAAUUUUAGGUUUUUCUCCUAAAGAUUCAGAACAUUUAUAUCAUUAUUUGGAUUGUAAUUUUAAAUCAGCAGAGAAGACUUCAUGGGAAGCAAAUAAGGUGACAUCACCAGAACAAAACAUCUGUACAUUGAGCCCUGUUUCUACAUUUUCUUUGAACUCAAGAGAUGAAGACUUCAUGGUUGAAUUCUCUAAGAAGUCCCUGAAAGCAAGAACUUUACCUGAUGAUCUUCAUUUUCUCCACUUGGAGGGAAUGAAAAAAUCCAGUUCUCUGGAGAAUGAGAACCUUCAAAAGCUUUCAUUAGUAAGUAGAACCCAGGUUCCACUUAUUACUUUGCCACCUACUGAUGGACCACCUGACUUAGACUCUCAUUCAUAUAUGAUCAACUCUAACACAUAUGAGUCUUCUGGUUCCCCCAAGCUCAACUUGUGUGAAGAGUCAGCAGUUCUUUCUUUUAGUGUUGAGCCUGAGGAUCAUAAUGAAACCUCUUUCUGUGGAGAAUCUAGGGAAGUGACUCUAGGGGAUGUUUCACUUCUCACCAAUAUAUCUACUCAGAGCAAGUGGCUGAAAUAUCAAAACACAUCCCAAUGCAACGUGACUACUCCAAACAGAGUUGAUAAGAGAAUGACCGAUGGCUUCUUUGCCGAGGCUAUUUCUGGGAUGCAUUUUAGAGAUACAAGUAAAAGACAGAGCGAUGCUAUCAGUGAAAGCUCUUUAGACUCUGUGCAUUUGCAAAUGAUAAAAGGCAUGCUCUGUCAACAGCAGCAGGAUUUUAGCAGUCAAGAUUUGGUUUCCAGAAAGAAAGUACUUUCUCUGAAUUUAAAGCAGACUUCUAAGACAGAGGAAAUUAAAAAUGUAUUAGGAGGGCCUACCUGCUACGACAGUGUAAAGGAUUUACAGGAGAUAAGUGGCUCUGAGCUAUGCUUUCCAAGUGGGCAGAAAUUAAAGUCUGCUUAUCUUCCCCAAAGGCAAAUUCACAUACCAGCUGUUUUUCAGUCGCCUGCUCAUUAUAAGCAGACUUUCACAUCUUGCCUCAUAGAACAUCUAAAUAUAUUGCUGUUUGGAUUAGCACAAAACUUGCACAAAGCUCUCUCAAAAGUUGACAUAUCAUUUUACACAUCGUUGAAGGGAGAGAACCUGAAAAAUGUAGAAAAUAAUGUACCAUUCUGUCAUCAUAGUCAACCUGCAAAACUUGUCAUGGUUAAAAAGGAAGGUCCAAAUAAGGGUCGUCUCUUUUAUACAUGUGAUGGACCCAAAGCUGAUAGCUGUAAAUUCUUUAAAUGGCUUGAGGACAUGACUCCAGGAUUAAAUAUCACACAGGAAGGAGCUCGACCUGGCAUGGUUUUAAGUGACAUUAAGAGUAUUGGCUUGUACUUAAGAAGUCAAAAGAUACCACUCUAUGAGGAAUGCCAGCUUUUGGUGAGAAAAGGAUUUGAUUUUCAGAGAAAACAGUAUGGCAAACUAAAGAAGUUUACUACUGUAAAUCCUGAGUUUUAUAAUGAACCAAAAACCAGACUUUAUCUUAAGCUGAGUCGAAAGGAAAGUUCUUCAGCUUAUAGCAAAAACGACCUUUGGGUGGUUUCAAAAACCCUAGACUUUGAGCUGGAUACUUUUAUUGCGUGUAGUGCUUUCUUUGGACCAUCAUCUAUCAAUGAGAUAGAACUACUGCCUUUGAAAGGCUAUUUCCCUUCUAACUGGCCCACCAACAUGGUUGUCCAUGCGUUAUUGGUUUGUAAUGCUAGCACAGAACUGACAACUUUGAAAAACAUUCAGGACUACUUUAAUCCAGCUACUCUACCUCUAACACAGUACCUGUUAACAAUGUCUUCGCCAACUAUAGUCAGCAACAAAAGAGUCAGUAAGAGAAAAUUUAUCCCACCAGCCUUCACAAAUGUCAACACAAAAUUUGAACUACUCAGCCUAGGAGCAACAUUGAAGUUAGCUAGUGAGUUGAUUCAGGCACACAAGUUAAACAAAGAUCAAGCUAUAGCUCUAAUUCAGAUAGCUCAAAUGAUGGCAUCAUAUGAAAGUGUUGAAGAAGUGAAGGAACUGCAAGCUCAUACCCUCCCUAUCAUGAUCAUACAUGGUGUGUUUGGAGCAGGAAAGAGUUAUUUGCUGGCAGUGGUGAUUUUGUUCUUUGUACAGCUGUUUGAAAAGAGUGAAGCUCCCAACACUGGAAAUGCAAGGCCAUGGAAACUUCUGAUUUCUUCUUCUACGAAUGUGGCUGUUGACAGAGUACUUCUUGGGCUUCUCAGUCUUGGAUUUGAAAACUUUGUCAGAGUUGGGAGUGUUAGGAAGAUUGCCAAACCAAUUUUACCUUAUAGCUUACAUGCUGGCUCAGAAAAUGAAAGUGAACAAUUAAAAGAACUACAUGCACUAAUGAAAGAAGACCUGACUCCUACAGAAAGAGUCUAUGUGAGAAAAAGCAUUGAGCAGCAUAAACUGGGGACCAAUAGAACCCUGCUGAAACAGGUUCAAGUAGUUGGAGUUACCUGUGCAGCCUGCCCAUUCCCAUGCAUGAAUGAUCUUAAAUUUCCGGUAGUUGUGCUGGACGAGUGUAGUCAGAUAACUGAACCGGCCUCUCUCCUUCCCAUUGCAAGGUUUGAGUGUGAAAAACUGAUUCUUGUUGGGGAUCCCAAACAGCUACCUCCUACUAUUCAGGGUUCUGAUGCAGCUCAUGGAAAUGGAUUGGAACAAACUCUUUUUGAUCGACUUUGCUUAAUGGGUCACAAGCCAGUUCUGUUGAGAACUCAAUACCGUUGUCACCCUGCAAUCAGUGCUAUUGCUAAUGAUAUGUUUUAUGAAGGAAACCUCAUGAAUGGUGUGACAGAAAUAGAGAGGAGCCCUUUAUUGGAAUGGCUACCAACCCUGUGUUUUUAUAAUGUUAAAGGACUAGAACAGCUAGAAAGAGAUAACAGCUUUCAUAAUGUGGCAGAAGCUGCUUUUACACUCAAGCUGAUUCAAUCACUGAUUGCAAGUGGAAUAGUGGGCUCUAUGAUUGGCGUGAUAACAUUAUACAAAUCCCAAAUGUACAAGCUUUGUCAUUUACUCAGUACUGUAGACUUUGACCAUCCUGAUAUCAAAACUGUGCAGGUGUCCACAGUAGAUGCUUUUCAGGGAGCUGAAAAGGAAAUCAUUAUUUUGUCCUGUGUAAGGACAAGACAAGUAGGAUUCAUUGACUCAGAAAAAAGAAUGAAUGUUGCAUUGACCAGAGGAAAGAGGCAUUUGCUGAUUGUGGGAAAUUUAGCCUGUUUGAGGAAAAAUCGACUGUGGGGACGUGUGAUCCAACACUGUGAAGGAAGGGAAGAUGGAUUACAACAUGCAAGCCAGUAUGAACCACAGCUGAACCAUCUUCUUAAAGAUUAUUUUGAAAAACAAGCCAAAGAAAAACAGAGGAAAAAGAGUGAAAAAAGAUAAAUAUCAUUCACAAAAGGCAUGGUAUAAAUAUUUUGUAUUUAUGUAAAUUCAGACUCAUUUUACACUAUUUUUUAUUAUUUAUUACUCUAAACUAUUAUUAAAAAUGCUUUAUGAUAUUUAAAUAACAUACUAAACAGAUAUAAAAUUUUGUUCUUCAAAAAAUGUACAGUACUUAUAUUAAGACAGGCAGAUAUUAAAGGUAGUAUAAAAUCCUACUAAAAAAAUAAGUUUUUUUUCUAAGAAGAAUGAUUUCUGUUUGCUAACGAAAUGGAUUUUACAAAGGGCGGGAUAUGGAGAAUGCCUACUUACUUCAAUAAUAAGUGAAUGUCUCCAGAGCUUAUCUGUUGGAACAUAUCUACACAAUCAGAUUACCAACACCUUUCUAAAACUUUAAUUUUAUGAGAAUAUUUUUCAAAUGAUUAUAAGGCCUCACUAUUUUAUAAAUAAAAAUAUAUUCAUAAAUAUGUGUUUAUGUCUAAACCUUUUGAAAAGUACACAAAAGAAGAAAGAAAAGCACUAAAAGUUUACACCUGGAGAUAGCAGUGUUCAACACCUGGCCUUGGCUAGUGAUAUAGAUACGUGUAGGUGCUUAAUAAGUAUCCAUUGAAAGAAUGAACAAAUGAAUGAAAGUUACCUUUGGUUCUUUUUUUUCUACUCUUUUUCCUCUGCAUUUGUUUGCACAGUAGGUAUUGAUCUAUAUAUGUGGAUUACAACUUUUUAUUAUAAAAAUAAUACAUUAUUCAUGUAGAAAAUUUGCAAAGUGCAAGAAAGUAUACAACAGAAAACGAAAGUCACCUAGAAAUACUCUACUGGGAGAUAAUCACUAACAUUCCUUCAGUGUUUUUUCUAUGCUCAUAUUCUAUGUGUGUAUAUAUAGUUAAGUUUUAAACCAUUUGUGCCCAUACUGAUUCUUGGACAUUAUUAACAAAGGAGCAUUUAUACAUCCUAGAUGGAAAAAUGACAAGGGCUUGAUUAUAAUUAAUAUCAAUACAAUAUUUUUACCAAUUAAAAAAAUCAUAGUGAUCCACGUCACUCAAUAUUCAUUUGAAAGAUGCAGGAAAAUUCCUACUUGAAUUAUUUCACAAUAAAAAAAAAUGACUGGUCAGCCUCUAUGGAACUCUUAGGGAGAAAAAUAAAUUCAAUAAUAAAACUUGUGCUUUAGUCAUUCUCCAAGGCUUUUCCCAAAUGUGUUACUGUUUGCAACAACAGUUGCUCUUUUAAGUGUUCAUCCAAACUGUGAAGUGAAAGAUGUAACUUCUAACAGAU